AUGGCUUUGUCCUUGCCGUCCCUGCCGGACGUCUCAAUUGUCGGAAAUGUUAUAUCGGGGGUCGGGAUCAGCAUUCUCAGACACAUCCGCCAAAGAAUAUGGUCCCAGUUUCUCACGUCCCUCUCUUUACCUUCUGCAGGAGCCAAGGAGGUGGGCGUGGUGAGGUUCCAGACGGGCAGCGUGGCCACUACAGAGUCACUGCUGGACACGGGCCUCGGAGCUCUCCCCACGCUGCGCCAGGCAACGCUGUCGCUGCACCUGAAACUCCGUCGCUUCACCUCACACAUCCCGCUGAUCAACUACGCCGUGGAGGACGCGAACGAGGAGCUCUUUGUGGAGCUGGUGCCCAAGAAGAAGAACAUGCACGUGCAGUGUUGCGGCGGCAUGAUCUCCCAGGCCAUCAAGCUCACUCCCAAGAUGUUCCGAUGGCAGCACAUAUGUGUGUCCCUCAACCUGGACACCCGUGUGUUAUACGUCAUCCUCGACGACCUGGAGUACCGAAUCGACCUCAAAAUGCCUGGUCCAGGCAUGAGCUCGAGAACUCGGCUGGAGGUGGUCGGUGGCGGCCGUCUGGUGGUGGGCCAGAAGCUGUACUCUCUUGCCGGGGAUUUCGUCGUGCUGGAGACCCUGGACGGCGAGGUGGGUGACUGGCGGCUGUACGACACGGCCCUCGAGCCCGUCCAGAUGAAGGAGCUGGUCGCCUGCCGCGAAGUCAGUGACCUGCGGGCGCCGAUAAUCGACUUGGGAAGCGGCCACUUCAAGGUGCUGGGCCACACCACCAGGCGCAACAUAACGCUGGCCGAGAUCUGCAGCGACAGGGUCUCGGGCUUCUACCUAUUCUUCCCGCAGAAGACGGCGUUCAGCAAAGCUUUCUCCUGGUGCCGCAAGCUCAAGGGCAACCUCAUCCUGCCGCAGGAAAACGUCACCAACGCCUACUUAUUUGACCGCUUCGUCAGCUACAAGGACGAGUGUGACGACAUCUGGACGCACCUCUUCUGGAUCGGCUCCCGCGGCAACCUGACGAGCCUCAAGUGGCAGCGGGUGACAGACGGCGAGCUCGUCACGUGGCACCCCUUCCUGAGGGAGUACCAAAUCGUCACGCAGGAGUUCCAGUGCAUCGCCGUGGUCACCCACGACCCCUACAAGUGGGCGGCGUGCCCCUGCGACAUCGAGAUGUGUGUCGUCUGCAACUUUACCACCCACCCAGAAAUGCGGCUGCGCGGCCUCUGCAGGGACUCCAUCUUCGACAGACUCUUAUCCUUCCGCGACAACAAGGACUACAAGCUGACCUUCGACGGCCUGGCCCACGUGAUGAUGGAGGAGCAGAACGGCACGUGGGUCAUGCGGAGCCGCCUAUACCCAACCCUGAGGGCCCGCAUGGUGGCCCAGUGGGUGGGGCAGUACCCGGUGGGCGUCCACAAGUGGCUCAUCGAGGGUGACAGAUGCCGCCAGAGUGAGGUUGAGCUGCUGCUGACGUCUUGCCACAACAACGAGUACACAUGCAAUGACGGGUCGUGCAUCCAGAAGAGCCGCCGCUGUGACCUGAGCGUGGACUGUGACGACCAGAGCGACGAGAUGGACUGCUCGGUGGUGGACGUACCGAAGGGUUAUGCCGCCCAGCUGCCGCCGCCCACCUACAAGGGCACGUCGCUGCCCAUCUUCUUCGCCAUCAACAUCACAUCGGUGAGGAGGUUCGACUUGGCGUCCUUCACCAUCGCCAUCGACGCGUACAUGAGGAUGCAGUGGAGGGACCGCCGCCUCCAGUACAACAACCUGCUGGCCAACCUGCGGGCCAACAAGCUGCGGGAGUGGCGGGAGGUGUGGACGCCGCAACUGGAGGUGGAGGACGGUACUAAGAGCGCCGUGGAAGCAACGACACACUCUCGCGCAGCCUACGUGGUGCGGAACUCUCUGCCGUUGCCCGACGAUGACACCACCAUCAAGGAAGACGUCGACUACAGCGGCGAAGACAACCCACUGGUGUACGUGGACGAGGCUACGCUCACCUUCAAGUGUUAUUUCGAGCUCAUGAUGUACCCGUUCGACCGCCAGCGCUGCUCCAUUAGGUUCAAGAUCCAGGACCUGACGGAGGAGUUCGGAGUGCUGGUGCAGGACAGCAUGUGGGUCAUCUUAGGCCACUAG